AUGCCUCGCCACUCUCGCUCUGGGCUAGAGAUGCCCCGGCGCUCCUUCUUCACCGUGUUUGCCCUCGUUUCGUUCGUGCUCCUCGUCACCAUCGGCCUCACCACGCUCGGAGCCCACCAGGGUCCGAAGUUGCGGUUCGAACGCAGCGAAGACGGGCAAUGGCACGUCAAGGCUAAGACGCGCGCCGCACCGAGCGGCGACAAGUACCUCAUCGGCGUUGGCAAGGGCGACAUCACCGGCCCUGUUGUCGAGGUCGGGUUCGCUGGCUACGCGGACCUGAGCCAGGUGGGCACGGGGCUGCGGCAGCGCAUCUAUAGUCGCGCGUUCAUUGUUGGAGACGUGAGCAAGCCGAGCGAUCGGUUCGUGUACCUUGUGCUAGAUACCCAGAGCGGUGACACGGCGGUCCGAAACGGGAUUCUUGAGGGCGUGCAGGCGCUGGGGUCGGAGUACUCGGUGUACAACAAGGACAACAUUGCCGUGACGGGCACGCAUAGCCAUGCCGGGCCGGGGGCGUGGUUCAACUACCUCCUGCCGCAGGUCACCAGCCUGGGCUUCGACAAGCAAAGCUACCAGGCCGUCGUCGACGGCGCGGUGCUCUCCAUUAAGAAGGCGCACGAGUCCCUGACCGAGGGCUACCUCGACGUCGGAACCGGCGAGGUCGCUGACGGCUCCAUCAACCGCAGUCUCUGGGCCUACCUCGCCAACCCCGAGUCCGAGAGGGCCAAGUACGCCUCCACCACCGAGACGACCCUCACGCUCCUCCGCUUCCAGCGCGCCUCGGACGGCAAGAACAUUGGCGUGCUGACGUGGUACCCGACGCACGGCACCUCGAUCCUGCAGAACAGCACGCACGUGGCCGGCGACAACAAGGGCGUCGCGGCGUACCUCUUGGAGAAGGACCUCGCGGCCGAUGCGAGCGCCGCGCCGGGAUUCGUGGCCGGGUUCAGCCAGGCCAACGUCGGCGACACGACGCCCAACGUGCUCGGCGCGUGGUGCGACGACGGGAGUGGCCAGCAGUGCAGUCUCGAGAACAGCACGUGUGCGGACGGCAAAAGCCAGUCGUGCCAUGGCCGGGGACCGGCUUUCGACAAGUUGGAUCUGGGCAUCUCGAGCUGUUACGAGAUUGGGAAGCGGCAGUAUGCCGGUGCCAAGUCGGCCUAUUGUGUGGAAAGUGCAAGCCUAACUCGACAGACCUCUCUCGCGUCCUCCUCGACCCCGGUCGUUGGCACCAGCGUGAAAUCCUUCCACUUCUUCCACGACAUGUCCUUUUUCAACUUCACCCUCGCGGACGGCACCACGGGCCAGACGUGCCCCGCCGCGCUGGGCUACUCCUUCGCCGCGGGCACGUCGGACGGCCCCGGCGCGUUCGACUUCACGCAGGCCGACUCGGGAACCCCGGACGCCAACCCGCUGUGGAAGGUUGUGUCGGGCCUGCUACGCACGCCCACGGCAGGGCAGGUCGCGUGCCAACAGCCGAAGCCGGUGUUGCUGGACGUCGGCGAGAUGAGCACGCCCUACGCGUGGAGCCCCAACAUUGUGGACAUUCAGAUGCUCCGCGUCGGGCAGCUGGUGAUCAUUGUCGUGCCGGGCGAGGCGACGACGAUGAGCGGGCGGCGGUGGAAGGACGCCGUCAAGGAGGCCGCCAAGACUAUUGUCGACGAUGAGCCCGUGGUUGUGCUCGGCGGUCCUGCCAACACGUAUGCUCACUACAUUGCCACGCCGGAGGAAUACGCCAUCCAGCGCUACGAGGGCGCGUCGACGCUCUUUGGCCCGCACACGCUGCCCGCCUACAUCAACCUCACCGUCUCCAACAUGGCCUACCUCGCGCCAUCAUCGACGACGACCCCGCCUGCGGGCCCGUCGCCCCCGGACAACCGCGGCAACUCGCUCUCCUUCAUCACAGGCGUCGUCCAGGACGGCACGCCCAGCGGCCGCUCUUUCGGCCAGGUCGUGACGCAGCCCGCGGCGUCGUACGCGCGCGGCGCCGUCGUCAACGCGACGUUCCAGGCCGCCAACCCGCGCAACAACCUCCGGCUCGAGGGCACCUACGCCGCCGUCGAGCAGCUGCAGGGCGGGCAGUGGGUCCGGAUCCGCAGCGACGCCGACUGGUUCCUGGUCUACACGUGGACGCGGACCGACUGGCUGCUGGGCCACAGCGAGGUCGUCAUCAGCUGGGAGACGGCCGGCGACGGGGCCGCGGCGGGGACGUACCGCAUCAAGUACUAUGGCGACUCGAAGCCGUUGAUUGGGAGCAUCAAGGCGUUUGAGGGGACGAGCGGGAAUUUCACAUUGGUUUAA